AAAAAUGGUGGUUUUGCAUCCAGUCAAACCAGAAGGAGGACCAUCCCGCCACGUACAAACAACUCCACUUUUAGCUGCAGACAAAGCAACCAAAUAGAAAUUACAAGAAAACAGAGAGAGGAGAGUAUAGUGCACAGUCAAAGCCUCCAUACUUAAUUAUUGGCGGGUCAGUUUCUCCGGAAAUGGAAAAUCAAAUCGCAAACGGUGCUGUUAAAGCUGUAAGAGCCUCCGCUCUCAAUUGUAUCGAUCUCUCAAGCUCCGAUAUACACCAAUCUGUCUCCUUACUGAAACAGGCCAGUUUGGAUUGCGGUUUUUUCUACGUGGUAAAUCAUGGGGUAAGCGAGAAGUUCAUGGACGAGGUGUUUGCACAGAGCAGGGGGCUUUUCAGCUUACCCUUGAGUGAAAAAAUGAAGCUUUUGAGGAACAAGAAUUACAGGGGAUAUACCCCUUUUCUUGAUGAGCAUCUGGACCAUGAAAACCAAGUACACGGAGAUUACAAGGAGGGGUAUUAUAUAGGAGUUGAGCUGCCUGAAGAUGACCCAGAACCGGAAAAAAAGCCAUUUUAUGGGCCUAAUGUUUGGCCUGCUCCAGAUAUGUUGCCGGGGUGGAGAGACUCCAUGGAGGAAUAUCAUAGACAAUGCUUGGAGGUGGCUAAAGCAGUUGCUAGGCUUGUAGCCCUUGCUCUUGAUCUAGACAUCCAUUUCUUUGAUAAACCAGAAAUGAUUGGCGAGGCUAUUGCGACAUUGCGGUUACUACACUAUGAUGGUCAAAUUUCUGAUCCAUCAAAUGGAAUUUUUGGAGCUGGAGCCCAUUCUGACUUUGGUUUUUUAACCUUCUUAGCAACAGAUGAUGUCGUAGGUCUCCAAAUAUGCAAGGAUAAGGAUGCUAAACCUCAAAUAUGGGAAUAUGUACCACCAAUUAAAGGAGCAUUUAUAGUGAAUCUUGGCGACAUGCUAGAACGCUGGAGCAACGGCAUUUUCAAGUCCACGUUGCAUAGAGUUGUAGGGAAUGGUCAAGACAGAUACUCUAUCGCAUACUUUAUAGAACCUAGUCACGAUUGUCUUGUUGAGUGCUUGCCUACCUGCAAAUCCGAAAAAAACCCUCCUAAGUUUCCUCCAAUCUUGUGUCGGACUUACCUGAGCCAGCGAUAUUACGAUACUCACGCUGAUCUGAAUGUCUACGAUGAACAUACAAAAUAAGUUUGCCACCGCUCCUGCAAUUGAAGAUGAAUCCCCUUCUAAGAUAGCAUAAGAUUCAUAUGGUUCUACCAUUGUUGUGUUUGAUAAUGUGUUACAAUGAAAAACAUAUCCCUGCCUCUAAAUUAAUGUACUGCAUCCGCAUAGUUGACUUCAUGGUCAAGAAAGGGCUGUAGGAAGUCAAUCAAGGAUCAAUAAAUUUUAUUUAUUUAUAUAAA